AUGGCUGGACUUCUUAUUGCAUCACCAAUCUUUGCUUCAUUAGCAAAAAGUUUCAAUCCAUUUAGACUUAUUGGAGUAGGCUUAACUGUUUGGACUAUUGCAGUUCUUGGUUGUGGCAGUUCCUUUGCCUUUUGGUUUAUCGUCUUAUGUCGCAUGUUCGUUGGUGUAGGUGGAGCUUCUUUCAUCAGUCUUGCAGCUCCGUUUAUAGAUGAUAAUGCUCCUCACAAACAGAAAGCUGUGUGGCUUGGUGUGUUUUACAUGUGUAUACCAAGUGGUGUUGCUUUGGGCUAUGUCUAUGGCGGAUACGUUGGAAAGCAUUUUAGUUGGCGCUAUGCGUUUUGGGGAGAAGCUGUAUUAAUGGCUCCAUUUGCUGUUCUUGGUUUCUUGAUGAAACCUUUGCAGUUAAAAGAUGAAAAUGAAACAUGGUUUCCUUCUACUGAUUCGAUAAAGAUGGCUUCAUCAGUUGGUAAAAACAACAAUCAUCUUCAAGCUGGUGGUAAUGAGAUUGAGGUCUCCAUUGAAACUUACAAGUCAAGUUACAAUAACUCAGUUUCGAAAUCAUUUACUCAAUUUGGGAAAGAUAUGAAAGUUCUAUGUAAAGAAAAGGUCUUUGUUGUCAAUGUCUUAGGUUAUGUAUCAUACAACUUUGUUAUUGGAGCAUACUCAUAUUGGGGACCAAAGGCUGGUUAUAACAUUUACAAAAAGGCUCCUGUGAAUUAUGUGUGUUUGCAUUGUGUGAAACCAAGUUUAAGACCAUUAUCAAUGGCUAUCUCUACCGUCGCGAUUCACAUAUUUGGCGAUGUUCCUUCUUCUCCUCUUGUCGGCAUCGUUCAGGAUCAUAUCAACAGGUGGAGAAAAACAGCAUUGAUUCUUACGUCGGUUCUCUUCUUAGCUGCUGCAAUAUGGUUUAUAGGGAUAUUUAUAAACAGUGUAGAUCGGUGCAAUGAAGAAGAAAGUGAAAGUGAGAAGCAGAGGAGGCAAGACCAAUCGAUUGUAACUCCAUAA